AUGGCAGCCCCCAUGACCAUGGCAACCGGCCUCCUGCUCAUGGUCCUGUGCACCUACUGCAUUGUCCUUACAGGCCCCAUGAUCAUCCCCUCUUCCUGCUGCUUAGCCUUCGUUUCCAAGAGAAUUCCUGAGAGACGAGUGAUAAACUACCAGCUGUCCAACAGGAGUGUCUGCCCCAAGGCAGGAGUGAUCUUCACCACCAGGAAGGGCCAGAGGUUCUGUGGCAACCCCAGGUUGCUGUGGGUCCAGAGGUACAUGAAGAACUUGGAUGCCAAGCAGAAGAAAGCCUCCAGUAGGACCAGAGUGAUGGGUGCCAAAGUCGCUGUCCAGAGGCACCCUGCCAACAGCACCUUCAUCUAA